CGGAGGACCGCCUUCCCGCGGCUGCGCCACGCCGAGCGGCAGCGACUCGUCUACUCCCGGCAUGGCGGCCGGGGCGCCGCUCAGCGGCCUCAGCGAUGAGGCAGCCUACAGCGCCUGCUCGGAGCCGGAUGGCAGCACGAAGGAUUUUUUGUUUCAGCAAACGAUGUUAAGAGUAAAGGAUCCUAAGAAGUCUCUGGAUUUUUAUACAAGAGUUCUUGGAAUGACACUGCUUCAAAAAUUUGACUUUCCUACUAUGAAGUUCUCACUCUAUUUCCUGGGGUAUGAAGAUAAAAAUGAUAUUCCAAAAGAUAAAGCUGAGAGAACAGCCUGGACUUUCUCCAGAAAAGCUACACUUGAACUGACACACAACUGGGGCACUGAAAAUGAUGAAAAUCAGUCUUAUCACAAUGGCAAUUCAGAUCCCCGAGGAUUUGGACAUAUUGGAAUUGCUGUCCCUGAUGUCAAUAAAGCUUGUAAGAGGUUUGAAGACCUAGGAGUGAAAUUUGUGAAGAAACCAGAUGAUGGUAAAAUGAAAGGACUUGCAUUUGUUCAGGAUCCUGAUGGCUACUGGAUUGAAAUUUUGAAUCCUAACCACAUGGUGUCGCUCACUUAGUUCUAAUGAAAUGUGUUAUGUAAGAGAUGUGCACUUUCAGUGCUCUGU